GUUUGCUAUUUUUAUUGAGAAUGUUUACAAAUAUACAGAUAUUAAUUACAGCACGCGUUUUUGCGGGUUUAGUCGAUGUGAACAAUUUCGCAUUUGAACGACUUCGUCGACGUGCUCCAUCAUGUGCCAUUCAUGCGUGUGUAAGAUCGGUCCGUCGAUGCUGGCGUCGGACUUGUCCUGCUUGAAGGACGAAGCGCUAAAGGUGGUGGCUGCCGGUGCGGACUACCUCCAUCUUGACGUCAUGGAUGGCCAUUUUGUGCCCAACAUUACGUGGGGGGCGCCAGUGAUCAAGAGCUUACGCAAGCAUACGACUGCUUUCUUUGACGUGCACAUGAUGGUGUCUGAGCCAGAAAAGUGGGUCGACGACAUCAAAGAUGCUGGUGGCGAUCAGUUUACUUUCCACUUGGAAUCGACGUCCGACCCUGAAGCCCUGAUUCGUCAAAUCCGCGCUGCAGGCAUGAAGGUUGGCGUGGCACUGAAGCCCGGAACUGCCGUGGAGAGUGUAUUGCCUCUCGUCUCACUGGUUGAUAUGGUGCUCGUGAUGACUGUGGAACCAGGCUUUGGAGGCCAAUCCUUCAUGGCCGACAUGAUGCCCAAAGUGUCGUUCCUGCGUGAACGCUUCCCCACGCUGGACAUUGAGGUUGACGGCGGCCUUGGUCCUUCCACCAUUGACGUUGCUGCCAAAGCUGGCGCAAAUAUGAUUGUCGCGGGGAGUUCAGUCUUCAAAGCCACUUCUCCUGCCGACGUCAUAGGUCUCAUGCGGUGCAGCGUUGAAGUUCAUGGAAACGGCAAAACUGCUUAGUAAUACUACACUCUCUGCCA